GCUGCCCAGCCUGACCAUGGAGAUCCCCGUGCCCAUCCAGCCAUCCUGGCUGCGCCGCCCGGCCCCCCUAGCAUUCCCCAGCCUGACCACCCCUACCAGGCUCUUCGACCAGCGCUUUGGGGAGGGUCUGCUGGAGGCCGAGCUGGCUGCCCUCUGCCCCCAGGCUCUAGCCCCCUACUACCUUCGGGCACCUAGCGUGGCCCUUCGGGCUGAUCCUGGCCCUGGAGAGGUGGCCCGGGCCAAGGGGGAGUUCUCCGUGUUACUGGACGUGAAGCACUUCUCCCCGGAGGAGAUCAGUGUCAAGGUGGUGGGGGAGCAUGUGGAAGUGCACGCCCGCCACGAGGAACGUCCGGAUGAGCAUGGCUUCAUCUCUCGGGAGUUUCACCGCCGCUAUCGCCUACCAGAGGGUGUGGACCCUGCAGCAGUGACCUCAGCCCUGUCUCCUGAGGGGAUCCUGUCUAUCCAAGCCCCGGCCACCACCCCUGGCACUCAGGCUGCUGAGCGCAAGGUGCCCAUUGCCCAGGGGGCAGUGCCCGGGGCUCAGUAGGCACUUAGAAGCUGCCACAUUCUGACCCUGCUCCCACCCAUCCCUGACCCCCCUCUCUCCUGCCUCUCCCUCCUUAUUCCCCCCACACCCCCCCAGUCCUAAACACUAGCCCUUCUUGCCCAUGGACAGGUGCAGCCUCUGUCCUUCUCAUACCCAAGCUGGGACUUCCCUUCCCCCUCUCCCAGCCCCACCCUUGUCCUUUUGUACAGUCCCAGCUUUGCUCUUCCCAAUAACACCCCCCUCACCCCCAUGCCACACACUCUGGAAAGGCCCUGCCUCCAGGACCCAAUAAAUGCACCGGGCCUCUC